AUGGUCGUGUGCUGGGAUCAGCAAGGUCAAUUAGCUCAGGGCUAUGGACCAGCAUGGAAUGACCGACAGCUUAUCAAAAAAUCAAGAGGGUAUAACAGGCCAUGUGGUGUGGAGAGAACGAAAGGUCGAACAUUCUGGUGCGCCGCAGAAAUAUUUUUAUCACAUUUUUGUUUGCUUUUGGUUCGCUGGAUGAAGGAAGCAUCACCGAGCACGGAGCAGUCAAGUCAGACCAAGCUCUGGCGUGGGAAAAAGAAAGUAAAGUACGGAGUAGCAUGGCGUCGGAUGCUCGAUGCGGCGCUCGCGCCGUCCCUUGUGUGA